AAUGUGUGGAUGGUGCAACACAUGCGUGGCGAUGCGAAGAACGCCUCCGAACGAGGUGGAACCCCCCAGAAAAUCCUCGAAAUUAAAUAACCAAGACUCGGGCGCGUAAAAAAAACAGGCUUCACCCUCAACCACAAGGCUUACUUUGAAUCUUUCCUUUCACCGUCGGCUUUCCUAUAAUCUUUUCUUACUUGUCACGACCAUUUGACGAUCAUGUCCGUUGUCGGUGUCGAUUUCGGUACUCUGCACAGCAAGAUCGGUGUCGCGAGAAAACGUGGUGUCGAUAUCAUUGUGAAUGAAGUAUCCAAUCGUGCCACUCCUUCUCUUGUCUCCUUUGGCCCCAAGCAGCGAUCUAUUGGAGAGUCGGCAAAGACUCUCGAGACUUCCAAUUUCCGAAACACCAUUGGAGCCCUUAAACGUUUAAUUGGGCGAAGUUUCAAUGACCCCGAGGUACAGGAAGUCGAGAAGAAAUUUUUGCAUGUGAAUCUGGUCGAUGCCAAUGGCACUGUCGGUGUGCAAGUCAACUACCUUGGCGAGCAGCGUGUUUUCACUGCUACACAACUUGUUGGCGCAUACCUCGGCAAGCUUCGCGAUAUUGCUGCAGCUGAGCUCAGGACAGGCGUCAGCGAUAUCGUCAUCACCGUGCCCGGCUGGUUCACUGACAUCCAAAGGAGAGCACUCCUAGAUGCAGCUCAGAUUGCCAAUCUCAACGUCCUCCGUCUCAUCAACGAGACAACCGCCGUCGCACUCAGCUGGGGUAUCACCAAAUCCGACCUCCCUGAAGCCGAAAACCCUCGCCACGUUGUAUUCGUCGAUAUUGGCCACUCUUCCAUGUCCGUUGCCGUUGUCGCGUUCUCCAAGGGUCAACUCAAUGUCAAAGCCACCGCUUUCGAGUCUCGCGUUGGCGGCCGUGACAUCGAUUACGUCCUCGUGCGACACUUCUCUGAGGAGUUCAAGACGAAGUACAAGAUCGAUGUUCUCUCCAACCCUAAGGCCACUUUCCGACUAGCUGCAGGAUGCGAUCGUGUGAAGAAGGUGCUUUCUGCCAACGCCGAGGCACCCCUGAACGUCGAGUCGAUCGUAAAUGACGUCGAUGCUUCAAGCAGGCUCAACCGCGAGGAAUUCGAGGAGCUCAUCGCUCCCAUCCUCGAGCGUAUUGAGGCUCCUAUCAAGCAGGCUAUUGCCGACUCUGGUCUCACUCUCGAGCAAAUCGACGUUGUCGAGCUCAUCGGUGGCUGCACUCGUAUCCCGGCCGUUCGCCACCGCAUUCAGACUGCUUUUGGUGGCAAGAACCUUUUUACCACUUUGAACCAGGAUGAGGCCGCUGCUCGUGGUGCCACCUUCGCUUGCGCUAUGCUUUCCCCCAUCUUCCGUGUCCGUGACUUCUCCAUGCACGAUCUCAACCCUUACUCCGUCAAGGUUCAAUGGGAGCGUCAGCCUGAGGACCCUGAUGAAGAUACCGAGCUCGUUGUCUUCCCCAAAGGCAACAUCGUUCCCUCCACCAAGGUCCUCACCUUCUACCGUAAGGCCGCAUUCGACCUCGAGGCGCGAUAUGCCGAUACCUCUGAGCUUCCUGGUGCGAUCAACCCUUGGGUCGCCAAGUUCACCGCCAAGGAUAUUCCUUCCACUUCAUCUGGCGAUUUGACCGUCGUGAAGGUUAAGACGCGCUUGAACCUCCACGGUGUGCUCUCCUUUGAGCAGGCUUAUGUUGAAGAGGUUGAGGAGAGGGAGGAGAGCAUGCAGGUUGACGGCGAGGAACAGCCCAAGAAGAAGAAGGUUAUCAAGAAGAAGGAUGUUCCAUUUGUCUGGUCAAACACCCAACUCGACUCUAGCAUUCUUGAGAAAUACAGGCAACAAGAGGCGGAGAUGCACGCCGCCGACAAGCUCGUUUUUGAUACUGAGGACCGCAAGAACGCUCUUGAGGAGUACAUCUACGACAUGCGUAACAAGCUCGAUGACCGUUACGCUCAUUACGUCCAGCCUCAGGAGAAGGAGAAGCUCCGCCAGGCUCUCCAAGAAGCCGAGGACUGGCUCUACUCUGAGGAAGGCGAGGACUCGACCAAGUCCGUCUACGUCGCGCGUCUCGACGCUCUCAGAGUUCUCGGAGACCCCAUCUCAAACCGGUACCGCGAGACCGAGGAGCGUUCCAGGGUGAUCUCACAACUCAGGGAGACGAUCAACAGCUACAUGCAACAAGCCACGUCCGCCGACGAGCGGUUCUCGCACAUUGACGAAAAGGACAAACAGACGAUCGUCGAGAAGUGUGCUACUGUGCAACAAUGGCUUGAAGACCAGAUCGCUCGUCAAUCUGAGCGUCCAAAGAAUGUCGACCCUGUACUCAAAAGUGCGGAUGUGCUCAAGAAGAGGGAUGAGAUUAUCUACUUUGCCACUCCCAUCCUCACCCGUCCUAAACCCAAGCCUCCAAAGGUUGAGGGUACCGAGACUCCUAAGAAAGAGGGCACUGAGACUCCCAAGACCGAGAAACCUCAGGGUGAGCAGCCCGCUAAGGAGGAGGGGAUAGAGAUGGAUGUGGACUAGAUUUUCCUCUCCGUGUGCCGUGUUCCUUCAUUGAUUUGUUGUCUGGCCGGGUGCUUGGAAUUCAAGUAGGGCAGUACAUCUACGUAGAAGAAGAAAAGUAAUGUGUAGACUGUAGACAUACCAAUACGAUUCGCUUGCUCUUGUACCGAAAUGGCCGCUCCGGUUAUUUUGGGCCUCUUAGCAAUGGGUUCACGUGGUGUUUCAUCUAUAGUCAUUCAAGUCCAAUCAUCUUAAC